AAAGCUAAAAUGACAAAUGGGACACCAUAAAGGUCUCGCGGUCUCGUGCACGCGGCGGCCAUUGUAAGUCCUCAGAAAGUGCACGUGAAGUGUGUCAGGAUCCAAUAAUGUUCUUAUCAUUGGAACAAUGAUAAAUAUUGCUGAUUUGCAAUUGAUGGCUUGGCGUCCUGACUGCAUCGAUAUGAAGCCUUCUGAGAAUUUUCUUGGAGUUUCGAUGUCCGAGUUGACUAAGGAGGGUAUUGAAACUUUGGUGCUGAGCAAAAUGGAGGGAUCAGCUGUGCUCUUUUGUCAACGGCUGAAAUAUAGAGUAAAAACUAUUCAGGUGCCAGAUGGAAGUCCUUCAGAUAUUAAAACAGAAGUCAAACCAUCCAUCUCCCACUUUUCAAAUGGCAAAAAGACUUCAAUUAAAAAAUUCAGCUGUAAGCUGUGUGGCAUGGAGUAUCAGCGGAGCUUAGGACUGGUGCGUCACAUGCGAAUACACACAGGAGAGGCGCCGUACACCUGUGAACUCUGUGGGAUGGGCUUCCGUCGUUCAGACUGGCUUAAAAUUCACAUCACCAUCCAUACGGGUAACAAACGGAAACACAUGAAGCGCUUCAGUUGCGAUCAGUGUGGGAAGAAGUUUUGUGGCUCCACCGCACUCCAAAGUCAUUUGUAUAAACACAGGGGCGAGAGGCCGUUCGCCUGCGCGUACUGCGACAAGACGUUCUUAAGUCAGGCCAAUCUUAAUCGCCACCACGCCGAUUGUCAUUCGGAAAAACAGUUCUGUUGCCCCCUGUGUGGAAUUGGAUUCUCACGCCGCUCGACGCUGCAGAAACACAUGCGGAUUCACACGGGAGAGAGGCCUUUCUCCUGUUCAGACUGUGGAAAGACUUUCCCUUAUAAAUACUCCUUGGAUAUGCAUUCUAAACUUCACUCAGUCAAAAGUUGAUUUGAUGCAUCACACGAAUUUCUGAUUUACUUAUUUGUUUAUUAGGGCCCAAGCACCGAAGGUGCUUAGGCACCUAUUGUUAUUGUUGGCGUUCCGUACUCUUAUUCUUCUUCUUCUUCUUCCGCUCUUGAAGUCUAUGGCAGCCCAUAGAACCGC